AUGGCGGGAAAGAAGUAAUGGAGAUUUGCAGAAAAUUGGUAGCAGCCACAAAAGAACAUCUCGUCACAUAAAGAACGAAACAUAAGCUCGUAACUAUGAAACUAACAAAAAAAAAAAAAAAAGGCAUUUGCCGGAAAAGCGGUCUUUCGGCUUGGCUGAUUUUCCGCUAGUCUUAUUUUCACGUCACGCCCAACUUGUUGGUCACGCUGGUCACGCCACGGACGUGAAAACAAGUAGAUUGCCGGUAAUUUUCGAGGACGGACGAACUGUUUGUGUAGUACUCGUGUCUAUAAUGGUAGUCCUCUAGUCUCUAGAUGGGUUUAAACGGACCCAGAUAAGGCGUCCCACCGUGCUCCUGAGCUUAUCUUGAGACGCCGACAUUGCGCCGACGGAGCGACGCCGGUCUCCAAAGUUGCUUCGUUGUUUGAGAAGCACUCGAGGGCGGUGCCGUCUGACAGGGAUUCUGGGAUUCUCUAAUCUACUCGGCCCAUCUGGGGUGGAUCGCCAUUGAGCACAGAUCCGUCGCAUGCUUCGCGCCUGGAGCAGUCGACUCCGUCCGUACUGCGCUCGCAGGUUUUACCUACUCGGCGGCAGCGACAGUACCCGUCCGGCGGGCACGAUGAGCGGCGACGGCUAUGUGGUGCGGCGCGGUGCCAGCAACCCUCCUCUCACGUACCGGUUGUUCGACAACGCGGCACAUGGUCUGGAGCCCGAGUUCCGGCUCCUGGACCUGGCAGACAUGAAGGGAUGAGGGUGCAAGGUUCCCCAGGGCGUGCUCCAGAAGAUGCUCAAGACGCUGCAGCCAGGUGGUUCGUCGUCUAGCAGCGUCCAGCACGGCCCUGCGGGAACGCAGAUCGACAUAGGGAUGGACUCGAGCGUCACCCCCCUGGGCGCCUCUGGGUUCUCCCUGGUGCAGACCAUCGACUUCUUCUACCCGUCGGUGGAGGAUCCCUACAUCAGCGGCAAGAUAGCGUGUGCCAACGUGCUGUCUGACCUCUACGCCCUCGGAGUGACGCGCUGCGACAACAUGCUCAUGGUGAUGGCCGUGAGCACCAAACUGACCGAGAGCCAGAGGGACGUCGUGGUGCCCCUCCUCAUCAAGGGAUUCAGGGACCUGGCGGCAGAGGCUGGUACCCGCAUCACGGGUGGCCAGACGGUGCUCAAUCCUUGGCCCAUGAUCGGAGGAGUGGCUUCCAGUUGCUGCCGGGACGCCGAGAUCAUAUCGCCGGACGGCGCCGAGCCCGGGGACGUGCUGGUGCUGACCAAGCCCUUGGGCACCCAGGUGACCAGCAACGCCCACCAGUGGCUGGAUAGGCCCCAGCGCGUGGAGCAGUUGGAAAAGGCCGGCAUCGCGGCCGAGGACAUUCGCCGCAUGUAUUUUCGCGGCAUGGACAGCAUGGCACGUCUGAACCUCACUGCGGCCCAGCUGAUGCAUCGGCACGGGGCUCACGGAGCGACGGACGUGACGGGCUUCGGCCUCCUGGGCCACGCCCAGAACCUGGCGGAGGUGCAGCAGAAGGCCGUGGACCUGCGCAUCCACACGCUGCCCGUGAUCCGAGGGGUGCCCGAGGUGCUGGCGGCCACGGGGACCUCCUUCAAGCUCAUGCAGGGCUACUCCGCUGAGACCUCGGGGGGUCUGCUGGUGUGCCUACCGGAGGAGAAUGCUGUCAAGUUCUGCGAGGAGCUGCAGCGGCUCGAGGGCUACCCUGCCUGGAUCAUCGGGGACGUGGUGGAAGGCCAGAGGCGGGCCGUGCUCGUGGACCAGCCCCGGGUGCUGCCCGUGCCUUCGGCCGACAAGGAAGGAGAGCUCUGGUAGCGGGGAAGGAGGUGCCCCGGUGGGAGACGGAUGAACCUGCGGCUUGAAACGUCGACUCGCGACGUCGGCCGCGGGGGAUGUUUGGGGGUGCUCUCGCCGGGUGACGCUUGCUGACCCGUCUGCCGGAACAAUAAAGGACGCUUUUUACGUUA